UGCCAAUGCCUAAGUUGACUACACAAGAUACCAAGUGUCAGUUGGUGCAGGGAGUGGUAAAGAUAGCAUACAUGUAACAAUGGCAACAAAAUUCUUUCCGAAACUUCUGCUGUUAUCAUUACCUGGCAUUGCAUAUCUUGCUGCGAUACACCAAAACGCUACACAUCACGUGACCACAAGGGGCACCACUCCCAGACCUACUCCGGAACCCUGGGAAUAUGUCAACAACUUCUACCUAUACGAUAGGGAUUCACAUUAUUUCUGCGUCUCUCAUCACUCAUCCCACCAACACAAACACUUCUGCCUCUGUUAUCAUCUUCCGUACGAACAUCGAGGGGACUUAAAUAACCCCGCGACGCUGUUGGAGACCGAGAAACUCAUGUUUGAGCUAUAUGAUGCAGGAUUUCGCGUUCAGGUGAAUUUAACGGAACUUCGGUUCUACAGCCAACGCAAUUUUAAUAUGUGUAUACACACCAACGCUAAUCCUGGAGCCAACACGACAUUCUAUAUGGUGUAUCCCAAGCCCGAUGGAUACAAUUCGGCAACGUAUCCAAUACAAUCUGAUGUAAAAUAAAUAUACAUUUCUAUAA